AUGGCACCCAAACAGGGACCCUUAGAUGAAGUCAUACGGAAGCGCCUCCUAAUUGAUGGAAAUGAUGCUGGAGAUGAUCGCAGAAUUAAUCUACUAGUGAAAAGUUUCAUUAAAUGGUGCAACUCUGGAUCCCAGGAAGAGGGUUACAGCCAGUACCAACGUAUGCUGAGUACACUGUCCCAGUGUGAAUUUUCCAUGGGAAAAACUUUGCUGAUAUAUGAUAUGAAUCUAAGAGAAAUGGAAAAUUAUGAAAAAAUUUACAAAGAAAUAGAAUGUAGCAUUGCUGGAGCACAUGAAAAAAUUGCUGAGUGCAAAAAGCAGAUUCUUCAAGCAAAACGAAUACAAAAAAAUCACGAAGAAUAUGGUGUUUUGGCAAAAGUGAUUCAGCAUCAUCCAGACAGGCAUGAGACAUUAAAGAAACUAGACGCUAUGGGCAAAGAAUUGGAGCAUCUUUCACAUAUUAAAGAAAGUGUUGAAUAUAAGCUGGAAUUGAGACAGAAACAGUUUCAUGUUCUUCUUAGUACCAUCCACGAACUUCAGCAAAUACUGGAAAAUGAUAAGAAGCUCUCAGAGUUGGAGGAGGCUCAGGAAACAAGCAUGGACACAGAUCCUAAGCCAUAG